AUGGGAGGGUAAACCUUGAUUGUACGUGGCCGGCUGGAUAGCUCUCAGCAGACGGAGGUUUCUUUUUCCUCUUGCGGGUCUGUUUCGAAGUGGGAGGCACACGCAAUGGACUCACUGUUUAGAAAGUUUCGGUCUUCACCCAGCAGCUCUACGGGAACGGGUAGUGGUGACACAAAUGGCACGUCUGUACUGCCUGGCAAUAAUAAGCCAGUCACUUUAUAUUUAAUACGGUUAUCCCCGCCCUGUAGGGCUGUCUGGCUGUAUCUUGCGCAGAACAAGAUCCCAUAUGCCCUGGUGGAUAUUGAUCCGGCUGCUCCGGUAGAUUCCAACGGGCGGAGGCCUGAACUACCAAGUAGUCUUCCACACCAGGACGUCCCAAUUUUGGUUGACGGAGAAGUAACCAUCUUCGAAGGGCCGGCUAUUAUACGUUAUCUCUCGACUCGCUACACAAACUACAAGGGCUACGGUGUGACUGUAUCAGAACGAAUGAUGGUGGAGUCUCUGAUCGCUUGGGCACAUAACGAUUUACACAGGUAA